UAGAAGUGUGUUUUAAAGGCACUAACUUCCCACUCUCCAGUUCAGACAGCAGCACAAACACACUCAUACACUCCUCUACUGGGACACAUCACUAUAUGGAAAUGGACAACCAGAUCGAGAGAGGAAACACCAGCAAACAAGACUUAAUCAGUGAGACUAAACCGGGUCUAGGCUGCUGUGGAUGGAUCCUUAUUGCUCUCUCAACUUUUUUCACAAUUCUUUUCUUCCCCAUCAUGACUUUUUUUAGCAUCAAGAUAGUUCAAGAGUAUGAACGAGCUGUAAUAUUCAGACUGGGCCGCAUCACAGCCAGAAGAGCAAAGGGACCAGGCAUCUUCUUCGUCCUUCCCUGCACAGACUCCUUUAUUAAAGUGGACAUGAGAACAGUCUCAUUCGACAUCCCUCCACAAGAGAUCCUGACCAAGGACUCAGUGACAAUAAGUGUUGACGGUGUGGUGUACUUCAGGGUCAGUGAUCCCAUCGCUUCAGUGGCCAACGUGACCAAUGCUGAUUACGCCACACGCCUGCUGGCCCAGACAACCCUAAGGAAUGUCCUGGGCACCAAGAACCUGUCUGAAGUUCUGUCUGAUCGAGAGGGUAUCUCUCACAGUAUGCAGGUGACACUUGAUGAGGCUACAGACUCUUGGGGCAUUAAGGUGGAACGGGUGGAGAUCAAGGAUGUCAAGCUGCCUCACCAGCUGCAGAGGGCCAUGGCAGCUGAGGCCGAGGCAGCCCGCGAGGCCAGAGCCAAGGUGAUAGCAGCAGAGGGAGAGAUGAAUGCCUCACGCGCCCUAAAGGAGGCUUCUCUGGUGAUUGCUGAGUCUCCGUCUGCCCUGCAGCUGCGCUACCUGCAGACCCUCAACACCAUCGCUGCAGAGAAAAACUCCACCAUCAUUUUCCCUCUUCCCAUGGACAUCCUGGGCCACUUAAUAAAAAAAUGAAGUCAGACAUCCACAGACCAUCCGUCACAAGCAUGAGUGUUUACAAAAGGGCUGUGUGGUAAUCUGAGCUAUAACUGCAAAAUUUCACAACUAACUGUUUGCAUGUCUUUGUUGAAUAUUCAGUAGCAUAGAGAGAUGUCUUUAUAGAGAAGCAUAUGCUGAAGCAGUUCAGUAACUUCCACUUUUGUUCCAUGUACAGCUUCCAUAUGUAUGUCAUUAUCAUUGGGCAAUUGCCCAGAUACAUGAUUACUGUAGCAUUAUUGUAAUAUUCUAACUUUACCAUUUCACAUUUUUAAAAAACUGUAUAUACAUAUCCUGUUCUAUAAUGUUCUAAAAUUCUUUGCGUGAAAAACCUUGGAAGCAUGUUUUUAUAUUCAUUGCACAAGUAAAAUGGAAAAAAGAGUCCAAGUUCAGUAUGUCAUUAAAGGCUCAUAUUAUGUCA